AUGAACCUGUCAGCAGAACCCCUCCUUGUAGGAGUAAUCUCUACCAGCUCUGACUCAAGGCUGGCAGCAACAGGAAAACAGACUGAGCUAAGGCAGCUGCUGGAAAUACCAAGCCCACCUUUGCCAAGGCGCCGCUCCUGGUGCCAGAAGUGGGCGUACCGAGAAGCAGCAAGGCAUUCUUCCCUGGCACACCCGGAGUGGAGACUCAGCAAAAGGCACAAAACAAAGCUGAAAAGGUGGCACCGAGGCAGCCGCGGGAGAAGCGCAGGUGCCUCUCUGGCCGCGCCACUCCUCGGAAAACAACGGGGUGACGUCAGGGCGGAGGCAAGCGCUAGGCGUGCGGGGCUCCGGACACCGCGCCCGCCGUGCGGGCUCAGGGCGCUGCGGGAGCGCACCCUCCGUGUCCCGAGCCCCGCGCACCCUCCGUGUUCCGAGCCCCGCGCACCCUCCGUGUCCCGAGCCCCGCGCACCCUCCGUGUCCCGAGCCCCGCGCACUCUCCCCAGACCCCUGGCCCUCCCCGCGGUGCCCCGGCACCCGCGCAGACACUGACCCGUGCGGCUGGACGGGCUGCGGGCAGCGCCUCUCCGGGCCCCGGGGCUGCGGGGCUCUGCGGGAUCCGCGCCGCCGGCUCCGCCCGCCCGGUCGAGGCCGGCGCACCUGGGCGCGCCCGCUCUCCGGGGCCGACGGAGGUGGCAACCCCGCCACCCCUCUGGAGCCGGCCCGGCGGGGAAAGGGCACGCAAGGCUCCAGGAGUGACCCAGAACGGGCUUUCUAGAUGGUUAUCAAGUGGGAGAAGAGCUGAGCAGUCUUGGUGUACAACCACUUAUGUCUGUGACAAACCACCAGCGCCCGCUUUGGCCACUGGAUCCGCGGGCAAACAGAGGGAUCCCCCUCCAGAGUCAAACUCUGCCAGCGUCCUAAAACAAGGGCAGUGCCUGGUUUCAGGCUGGGAGUUGAAGAGACAUCUCGGGGGAGAGACACCCACCGAACCUGGAAGGCACAAGGAAAGUCUUACUUCUUCUUCAAUUACCCAAGCUAAAACAAACCUGACCAUGAAGGUAGGAGUGAUUGAGACCCAUCACUCCCAUACAGUUGUUCCCAGUGUGGUAGUGCAUGACACCAGUAAGGACCUUGGACUGACACACAAAGGGGAAAACAGGCAACAAUAUCUACCUGGAGUAUUUGCAUGCUACAAUAUUAACAAUAAUAGUAAUAAAGAGGAAGAGGAGAAGAAAAGGAAAAAAGAAAAGAAGAGGUAAGAUGAAGACAAGCCAGAAAAAAAAAAGGAUGGAGAAAUACAAAAGAACAAAGAAAAAAAGGAUAAAAAUAAAAAUAAGUCGAAGAAGAAAGAAAAUAUGGAAGCGAAGACGAAAGAUAUUUUCACCAUUGAUCCAGCAGGAAAUAUAUAUUACAACUGGCUAUUUUGCAUCACAAUGCCUGUCAUGUACAACUGGACCAUGAUUAUUGCUAGAGCCUGUUUUGAUGAGCUUCAGCAUGAUUACUUAGUGGCAUGGCUUAUAAUUGAUUAUGUUUCUGAUGCCAUUUAUGUUGCUGAUAUGUUCGUACGGACAAGGACAGGUUACCUGGAACAAGGUCUUCUGGUGAAAGAAGAACAAAAGCUACAAGAGAAAUAUAAGAAAUCUUUUCAAUUCAAACUAGAUUUUCUGUCAAUCAUACCAACCGAUCUCUUAUACUUUAAGUUAGGAUUGAAUUACCCAGAAUUAAGAAUAAACAGACUACUCAGAGUAGCUCGGAUGUUUGAAUUCUUCCAGAGAACAGAAACAAGAACAAACUACCCAAAUAUCUUCAGGAUCUCUAACCUUGUCAUGUACAUUGUGAUUAUUAUUCACUGGAAUGCCUGUGUGUACUACUCAAUCUCAAAAGCCAUCGGAUUUGGGGCUGACACAUGGGUCUACCCCAACACCUCAGAUCCUGAAUUUGCCCGACUGACUAGAAAAUAUGUCUACAGUCUCUACUGGUCAACGCUGACUCUGACUACUAUCGGUGAAACCCCCCCUCCAGUAAGAGAUUCUGAGUAUUUCUUUGUGGUUGUUGACUUCUUGGUUGGAGUUCUGAUCUUCGCUACCAUUGUUGGUAAUGUGGGCUCGAUGAUCUCCAACAUGAAUGCUGCCAGGGCAGAGUUUCAAGCGAGAAUUGAUGCUAUCAAGCAGUAUAUGCACUUUCGGAAUGUGAGUAAGGACAUGGAAAAAAGAGUUAUAAAGUGGUUUGACUACCUGUGGACAAAUAAAAAGGCUGUGGAUGAAAGAGAAGUCUUGAAAUAUCUGCCAGAUAAGCUAAGAGCAGAGAUUGCAAUCAAUGUUCACCUGGAAACGCUAAAAAAAGUUCGGAUUUUUGCAGACUGUGAAGCUGGUCUGCUGGUUGAACUGGUUUUGAAACUCCAGCCUCAAGUAUACAGUCCUGGAGAUUAUAUUUGCAGAAAAGGAGAUAUUGGACGAGAGAUGUACAUUAUCAAAGAAGGCAAGCUGGCAGUAGUUGCUGAUGAUGGAAUUACCCAAUUUGUGGUCCUAGGUGAUGGCAGCUACUUUGGAGAAAUCAGCAUUCUUAAUAUCAAAGGUAGCAAAGCUGGCAAUCGCAGAACAGCCAAUAUUAAAAGUAUUGGCUACUCAGACUUAUUUUGUCUGUCUAAAGAUGAUCUCAUGGAGGCUUUAACAGAGUAUCCAGAUGCAAAGGCUAUGCUGGAAGAAAAAGGCAAGCAAAUCCUAAUGAAAGAUGGGUUGCUGGACAUUGAAAUUGCAAAUUUAGGAAGUGAUCCUAAAGAUCUAGAAGAGAAAAUCGCCUACAUGGAACGUGCUAUGGGCAGGUUACAAACAAAGUUUGCCAGGUUGUUGGCUGAGUAUGAAGGUGCACAACAGAAAGUGAAAAAAAGACUUACACAAAUAGAGAAAAUAUUGAAGCCAGUUAUAGAGGAAGAGUUUGCAGACUUAGAAGAAGUGGAUCCAUCCACAGAUAAACCUGGAUUGUCAAAAGCAGAAUAA